GUUCACACUCGUACAUGUAGCCCAGGACGGCGAGCAGUCAACCCUGAUCGGUUGAGGCUAGAACGGUCGGCUUUACCAAACACACCAUGCGGAGUCAUCUUUGUACCGGACACAUGUUGCUGCUUGUGUGCAGCUGUGUAUCGGCGACGUUCUACAUCCGGGCUCCUGGUCACAAAUUCACCGUAGCGACGUCCAGUGAUGUCGGACACUCAUGGAAGUUAGCAAAGUCUCAUGAUGGUCAAGCAGCAGCAUAUCCAACUCAGUCUGCAUCAAAUUUACGCCCAGCCCAGGCAGCAGUAAUAACUGCUGGAUCUAUCGGGUCGAAUAACUUAGGUCAAAGUCUCGGUCAAGGGUCCGUAUUAGGCAAUAGUUGGGAAACUGUUCGUAGUACAGAAGGGGACCUUAUUGCUAGUUUUGGUCAAACGAGCGGCGGUGACGGUACUCUUCUAUCACGUGCGCCCGCAGGUCAAGUGACUCACAUCGGUGGUACCGGUCCGGUUCAGCAGGAAUUCAUUAACGUUGGAACAAGAAGAGAAAAGAUUGCUCCAGAGCAAGCUCUGAGUGUAAGCCAAUAUGCAGGAGGAAUGAGUACCAUAAACGAGGAAAUGGAAGCUGCUAUUGGUCCACGUAUCUUUAGAUCGGCCACCAUUGCUGCACCAGCCGGUACAGUUAUAGCAGAAGGAGACAUCAUAUGGAACAUUAAACAAUACAAUACCAUUCAGAAAGAAUUGAGGACACAGUGGGCCACCAGGAGGAGACCAAGGCCUGACCCACGUCUUGUCUCACUGUGGCCAGGUGGCAUCGUACCUAUCAGGAUAUCAAGCGGCGGCUUUACUCGUGGACAAAAGAGACGGAUGCAGACUGCCAUGAACCGUAUCUCCCGUGACACUUGUGUGUGUUUUAGAAUUGUCACCAAGACUCAAGCAAGUCUUGGUGCACCACACGUCCGGAUCAGAAACAGGAGGAGAUGUGCAUCGUUUAUUGGGAGAAACAUCCGCCGAUCUGGACGUCAGCGAUACCAGGAUCUUUUGAUGGCCCCUAUGUGUAGAAGUACCAGAGUGUUUACUCACCAGCUCCUACAUACUCUUGGUUUAUACCACGAACACACCGCACCAGACCGGAACCGGUAUGUAAGAAUACUGUACCGGAACAUUUCCCCAGAUCAUUGGUUCCACAUGAACCGCAUACCGUGGGUCCGAUAUAGUAAUAUACAAAGGACAACGCCGUAUGACUACAAAAGCUUAAUGCACUACGGACCAUGGGUAUUUACAAACAACAGAAGGAUCACCAUAUAUCCUACACGGAACACAGCCAGCAAUCUAGCAAGGGUUGGGAGAUCUAAUCUGAUGAGUUCCCUCGACCAGAGGCGUAUCCGCCGUAUGUACGACUGUCCGCGUGUCCCUCCACCCAGACCGAGCUGUCCUCAAUAUCCGUACCGCUUUCCAUAAACAAUGUCAUUAUCAACAAAAUGAUUUCAAAUGAUAAAAAACGUCUUUAUUAUUUAUAUAAGUCAUUGAUCUCAAAAUCGAUAAUAUGUUUGAUUGUGUUCAAUUUAGUGUUCGGAAAAGAUAUUAUAUGCAUAUUGUUUACGCAAAAAUAUUUAUUUUAAUGACACCGAAAUUGGUCUUGUUGGUGUGCAAAUAAUUUAUUAUUAUGUCUUUUAAAAAAGUAAUCGCAAAACCACCUUUACGUUUUGUAAUUUUGUGUCGAUUAUAAACCACCGAUUUGAAUCGCAUAAAUACACGUUAUAUUUUACUUUGUUUUGGUAUUGCGACGCGGUUAAAUAAAACAUUCAUGUUACAUAAUCUAACGAGCUGUACAGGAAAUUAUCCUUCCGACAAUCAUCGAGUUUUAAACGUCUGUCUUACCUCAUAGUAUAUAAACUCGAAACAUUGUUACUUCCAUCCACGAUAAACAGAAAAUGUUUUUUUUUUUUUGGUUUGCAAUGGUGCAAUAGUUUUGUGUCGUAAAUGUUUUAAAUGUUGUUACAUAUACAAUAAAGCAAUUGUUAUACAAAACAGAUUGACAGUAUCCUUUCGUAAUUUAAAAACGUUAUGCUACUAUGCACUUCAACGAGUUUGCAAAAGUAUUGUCUCUGAAGAAAAAAAUGUUCAUGAGUUAUAUUUCUGAAGUCAUUGGUAUGACACCACAUAAAGACAAGCAGCAUACAAACCGUCAAAUGUGCAAUCGAGGUAACAUUUAUUAACAAAAUACUGAUUGGAUUUGUACGACCAUGUAAAUACACUAGCAUACAACAUCUACAUCAGCUGCUUACAUCAAUAUUUACU